ACUAGGCUACAAUGUAAAAUAGCAUCAAUUGCUGAAAGACAUGUAAAAUAGCAUGAUGUCUUAGUAAAGUAACGGCCUGGUUUAAUUUUCUUAUUUCUGGUUUAAAAAUAUAUAUUUAGAUCCUCACAAAUAGGAAUAAGAACCGCUACAAUGUCACAAGUUGAGGUUGGACGCGGCUUCCCAAGCCUCUCCGUCGACCUAAACGAUGACUGCUUAUCUGGCCGAGUCCCGUCGAUGCCAUUGACCUACAAUUUGGGGACCAGGAGAAACUCUUAUGGGCUUCACAAAAUUAACAUGGACAUUGACCCACAACUAUAUGGCGGGGCGCUUUCAAAGGCUCUGUCCUGGUCAGCGGAGAAUAUUUUAACGUUAACCGAGGCCAGAGUAGAGGAGGACGACGACAAAACGGAUACUCCGCCGGCGUCUCCAUCUCCCGUCUCCAGCCCGGGCGCGAGCAUCACCGGCAGCACGCCCCCCUGUACCCAAGUCUCGGACCCCGUCACCCCGCUGGACAACAACUGGAGCUCGGUCCCGAGCCCCAACACACAAGAUGCCAGCUCGGACUCAGACAAUGAGCUUGUUCAAAAUAAACCACACAAAGUGUUGUCACGCAGUCCGUAUGAAACCAAAUGUGAACAGGAGGAGAGGGAGGACAUUGAGACCAAAGCUGUGGCCACCUCACCUGAUGGAAGAUACCUGAAAUUCAACAUUGAGAUUGGGAGGGGAUCGUUCAAGACCGUUUAUAAAGGACUGGACACAGAGACUACUGUGGAAGUGGCAUGGUGCGAGCUGCAGACGCGUAAGCUGACCAAAGUGGAGCGGCAGAGGUUCAGCGAGGAGGUUGAGAUGCUGAAGGGUCUGCAGCACCCAAACAUCGUCCGCUUCUAUGACUCCUGGAAGGACAACUCCAAGGGCCUCAAGUGCAUCCUUCUGGUCACCGAGCUCAUGACUUCAGGCACCCUCAAAACGUACCUGAAGAGGUUCAAGGAGAUGAAGCUGAAGCUGCUGCAGCGCUGGAGCCGUCAGAUCCUGAAGGGGCUCCACUUCCUCCACACCCGCACCCCUCCCAUCAUCCACAGGGACCUCAAGUGUGACAACAUCUUCAUCACCGGCCCCACCGGCUCCGUCAAGAUAGGAGACCUGGGCCUGGCCACACUCAAAAGGGCCUCCUUCGCUAAAAGUGUCAUUGGUACCCCAGAGUUCAUGGCUCCAGAGAUGUAUGAAGAGAAGUAUGAUGAGGCUGUGGAUGUGUAUGCCUUUGGGAUGUGUAUCCUGGAGAUGGCCACCUCAGAGUACCCCUACUCUGAGUGCCAGAAUGCAGCGCAGAUCUACCGUAAAGUCACCAGCGGGAUGAAACCAGACAGUUUUUACAAAGUCAAGGUCCCAGAGCUCAAAGAGAUCAUCGAAGGAUGUAUCCGGAUGGACAAAGAUGAAAGGUACACCAUUCAGGAUCUGCUGGAGCACAUGUUCUUCCAGGAGAACAAUGGCGUCCAUGUUGAGUUGGCUGAGGAGGACGACAUGGUGAAGUCAGGCCUGAAGCUGUGGCUCCGCAUGGACUACACCAAGAAACUCCACGGGAAGUACAAGGACAACAACGCCAUCGAGUUCCUGUUCGAACUCUACAAGGACGUGCCAGAGGAGGUGGCGCAGGAGAUGGUGGUGCUGGGCUUCGUGUGCGAGGCCGACUUCAAACUGGUGGCCAAGGCCAUCCGGUACCGUGUCAACGCCAUCAAGCGCCAGCGGGAGAAACUGCGCCGCCUCACAGAGAAGAAGAAGGAGGCCAUUGAGGAGGAGCCUGAGCCUGCACCGCAGCCUCCCUCCCCGAAAAUCAACAGGUCUCCAUCAACAUUGGAGACUCCUCAGAGCCCCAUCCUCGUCCCCACCCCGCCCCCCACCCUGGCCCAAAGCCAGGGUCACCCCCGCCCGAACCCUCUGACCCACACCAUGUCCCCCGUCAACAGCUCUCUGAGCAUCAACUUGGGCAUCAAUGCCAGCUUCAUCCCUGAACCAGAGGAACCAGAGGCAGACCAGCACCAGCACUUCCAGGUCCACCACACCAGCUGCUCCUCGGCCAACUCUGACUGUGAGACAGACGGCUAUCUCAGCUCCUCUGGUCUCCAGGACCCCCUGGAGAUAGCGGUCAGCCUCAACGGGUCAACCCUGAUCCCUCCCACGCCGACCCUGAACACUGGGACAGGGACUACCGCCCUCAACGGACACCCUCACCACCACCCCAUCCCAGCCCUCCGCUUUCCCUCUAGUAUUGCAGUAUUGGGUAAUACGGAGCAUGGACACUCUGGAGGACGCGCUCCCAGUGGUUUCACCUCACCUGUGGACAGCUACACAUCCGACAUGACCUCGGGUUUGAGUGACGGCUACGAGGGCCUAUCAGAGAGGAGUGGCAAGACUGCUGCCAGGCGCACGGCUGGCAAGCUGUUCUGGAGGAGGGCCCGUUCAAGACUGCGGAUCACUGGACUCUCUGACAAAGACGACCGGGUGGUGGAGUGUCAGCUGCAGACUCACAAUGACAAGAUGGUUACCUUCAAGUUCGACCUGGACGGAGACAACCCAGAGGACAUUGCAGCUGUCAUGGUUCACAAUGAGUUCAUCCUGCCAGCAGAAAAGGAGGGGUUUAUCCACCGCAUGGGUGACAUCAUCAAGAGGGCGGAGGCUCUGAUGAAGGAGCACAUGGUCCACGUGGGCGGCAGCCACGGAGCGCCACGCCCACAACACCACAACUCACUGUCCGCAUCCCAGCCUAAUCUUCACAGUCACAUUCUGGAGCGGACACACUCUUCCUACUCUCUACCUGACUUCAGCAUGGCUGGCCCCAGUGUAGGGGUAUGUGACUCUCCCUCAGGGCCCACUGGUGGAGGAGACUUCUUCAGCCCAGCAGACAUGACUUCACCUGCAGGGAGACCUCUAUUACGCUCCCAGUCUUUCCAAAACGCCCCAGGUUCUCCUCACUACCACCACCACCACCCAGCCUCCAUGUACUCCCCAGAGCACCCCCACCCCCAGCAGCAGCAACACCAGCAGUACUACCACAUGCCCCCCUUCAUGGGCCACACACACUUCCCCUUCCCCGUCCCCUACCCAGUGAACCCCGGCGCCCCAAAACCAGCGGGUUCCCAUCCUCCCCUCACACGGGUCGCCAGGAACCCCACGUUCCCCUCCGUCCCCUCCCCAGCCCCAGCCUCCCCCGGCGGCCCCAACUCUGACGCUCCGAGCCCCUCUGAGUACAUCAGGGAGGGGAACCCCCUGUCCCUCCCUCCUCACCCCCAGAACCCCAACAUGUGGCCCUCCCACACACAGCCCCUCUUCUCCCUGGCCAACGUAAUCUCCAUGGCGAUGAGCAUGGCUCACUCCUUCAUCCCUGCCAACAGCCUGGCCAACCAGGGGAUGCCCUCCAUAGCAGGCUUCCAGCCCCAGCUAACCCACCCCCAGUCGGUCUACUCGUCCGUCUACUCCCCCCACUACCAGACUGCUCCAGUGGAGCUCCCAUACACCCAGGGUGGGAGGCCUGGCCAAGGGCAGCAGCACAGUGUCUACCAGGGCCCAGACUCUCCACCACAGAUGCAAAGGGAUGGCUCAGGGUCUGUGUACUAUCAAAAUGGCCACCCCGGCUGGCAGCAUAAUCACAUAUCUCCCCCUACGAUGGGCUACAACAGCCCACCAAGGAACCCACAGAUGGUAUCACAGCAAGCAGCGUCCUCCAGCCCCUUAAGCCAUUUACAGAAUAGUUCCGAGGGGUCCUACAUUGUUCCUCAGGACCAGUCUGAUGUGUCCAGCUGUGUGUCGGGGUCUGACCUGUCCCCUUCGCCCCCAGACAGCUCCGAGAGCACAUUAUCAUCGUUCAGCUCAACCACACCAAUGUCGAGACCUAUGGUGCCUGAGAUGAACGCCAGUGCUCCCAAGCCCAGACUAUCUCCCAGUUACACAGAUCCAACGCCUACUGCCGUCACAGUCGGUCGUUUCCAGGUCACCCCUAGCAUGGAGAUCCCUGUGCCUGCUGUACCAGAUGGACAGGGCUCUAACCCCACCAGGCCCAAGUCAGUGGGCAGCUCCACCCCAGGCCCCACCAGGCCCAAGUCAGUGGGCAGCUCCACCCCAGGCCCCACCAGGCCCAAGUCAGUGGGCAGCUCCACCCCAGGCCCCACCAGGCCCAAGUCAGUGGGCAGCUCCACCCCAGGCCCCACCAGGCCCAAGUCAGUGGGCAGCUCCACCACCUCCGAGAGCAGCACAGAGGAGCAGGGGGGGGCAGAAACCAGCCUGAACACCUCCCUCGCUCUCUCCCCCCCAGACCGACACCUCCCUGUGGAGGAGGACCGGGAGGUCCAGGUAGGGUGGGCCGGGACCAAAGAGCAGCAGCAGGAAGAAGAGGGGGAAGAAGAUGAGGAGGAGAAGGAAGAGCAGCAGACAGUGAGAAGGAGGAGGAGGAGAGUGUGUAGCCUCAGUCUGAUGGGUACGUCUGCAGACAGCGGCCUGUCCGCCACGGCGGUGGAUUCAGAGGGGCGUGGCCUGUGGGAGGGAGGUGCAGGGAGCCCCACCUACAACUCGGCCCUGCACCACCUGUGGCUGAGCUACAGCCGCAACUUCACAUACCUGAGCAGUGACGACUCAGAGAGCGAGGACGAGGACUUGUGGGAGGAGCUGCAGGAGAUGAGGGAGAAACACUUGGCACAGGUGCAGAGUCUCCAGGCCACCCAGAAGAGGGAGAUUGAGGAGCUGUAUGAGAGGAUGGGGAAGGUUCCCCCUGCGGGGAUCGUCUCUCCUGCCGCCAUGCUGUCCAGUCGCCAACGCCGUCUCUCUAAGGAGAGGAGUUACCCCUCCUCCUCCCGCAGAAACAGCCUGCAGCGCCUGGACAUGCUCCCCCUCCAAAGUAUAAUCAGGAGGAACUCUCUGGGUGGCAGCAGCAGCAGCUCUCUGGAGAAGCCCUCUAAAGGGGUGACCUUUGCUUCCGAUGUCAGUAGAAUGUAAGAAUCUUCAGCCAUGCUUGCUGUAGAAUAAGCCCAGACUACCUCAUCUAAGAUGUGACUGAAGUGAUCAUGCCCAUCCUGCUGGAGGAAAGAAGUGACAUCACCUCUAAACCCUUUAUCUGGUCCCCCAUUGGAGGAGAGUAACCUAGAUCCCCCAGAAACCAGGAACCUUCUCUGCUGAUCCAAUAGUCACAGGGUUAAUCAUAGGUCGCAGGUCCGUCAGAGGUCACUGAGCCCUCUGCUAUGAAGGGACAACGGAACCUCUGUCAUCCGCUGUCAGUCACCCCAAAGAGAAGCUUGCCAGAUUCAACGGUUCAGUGCAACCUACCCCUGCUCUAGAACGCCACCAGAACAGUGUUUAAAUUGAGAUGGUCAAAAGUUUAAAAACUGCCUAAUCCUCAGCUAAUGAGUAUAAAAGGCUCACAACAGUACUAGCCCAAGUAGUGCACUAUCAUUCUUCAUACUAUGCAAUGUUAGCGAGAAACAUGUGUGAUCAUUGUACAUAGAGCCUUAAUGAUCAGCUGUAGUCCUGCCUUGUAGCCACAGAGCAGUAAGGGUUGUUCCAUCUACAAUAUUAGGAUCAUAGGAUCGAGGCCGGGGCAGUUGAUCAAUAUUUUCCUGCUUAUCUGACUGUCGCAGACAUUUUUAUUGUGAGCACAGUGGAGUGAGAUGAAGCUCAAUAACUCUCGCUGAUGGUUCUCCAAAAACAGUGUUUCAUAUUGUUCACUCUAUUCUUUGCAGUAUGAAAAAUGUAUGCACUCACUAACUGUAAGUCGCUCUGGAUAAGAGUGUCUGCUAAUUGACUAAAAUAUAAAAUGUUUGACUGUCUGUUUGCAAUCUGUUGAUGCUGACUGUAGCGCGCUACUGCCCUCUAGAGUCUGACUACAGAAGUCCAGAUAUGUUGUUGUGGUUCUGCCUGUUUUCCAAUGUACAAUAGUGAUGCAAUAUUUCUGAUUAAUUCAACAGCAUUAUGAAGGACGACUGUUGUCAACGUGUAGAAAGAUGUGAACAUUGUUUUCUAACGUUAGGCAGUACCUUAAAUAAUUUUCUGAAUAUCACAUUAUGAUAUGUGUUCAUAUGGAAUAUAAAAAGGUUAGACAGUAUAGGAAGCUAGGCACAAUACAGCUCUAUAAAUGAGGAUUACCUAAGACUCAAACUACUCCUUUUAAAAAACAAAUCAAGUGGAGGUACUGCCAAAUCAGCCACAUCGAUUUAAAACAACUUGGCUAUUCAUGGUUGAUGCAACUCCUGACUUUUUAGCUGAGAUUAUAUUUUCUCCAAAAAGAAUCAAACAUACAGACAUAGGUCUAGACUACUGGUUCUCACCAUGAUUGUAAAUGUGUAAAUAUGAAAUAAUGCAUUUGUAAAUUAUGUUUACAAAUUAAUCAAAGACAUUUUGGCAAGCUACUUUUCUUGCACAAACACAUUGACAAUGAUAAACCUUGCUGCAAUGCGUAAUAAACCAGGCACCCUAUGCACUUUAGUAAAUUCUACUUUAGUAGUAACUCAUUUCACACUUUUUGGUAAAUUAAGUAGCAUAUUUAUAUACUCAAGUAGGGGAGAGUACAACUACCCUAACAAAUGGAUUAAGCCAUUGCCUUAAAUACACACACUGAAUUCUAUUGCAUAUGAUACUUAUAAGAUUUAUAUUUAAAGAAAGAAAAUGUGAUCACAAUCCACAUUUUUGAAUGUAUUUAUGAUUCUUGGUUGGUUGUAUUGCUUUGAUGUGCAAAGCUGCUGUCCUGCCAUGCUCAAUCUGUGCCUUUCCCUUGCAAUGUCUUAUUUUAUAUUUUUACUCUGUGGCUACAACAUAAAUCAUAUUUUGACAUAAAUACAAUUGAAAUAAUGAUAGUGUUCCUCUCCACUUCAGUACUAUUGUGGCAAUAUCAGUGCAUGAAACAUUACACUGACCUUGCAAUAAGAUGUCAUUUAUUGUGUUGUGAAAAAACAAAUACAUAAUACAAUUUUUACAACUCAAUCCUUUAUCAACAUAAAUAUAUUUCAAUAUAAAUAUGUGUUUCUUUGUCUCAGUUCAGCGGUUCCAAUUCUAAUCCCACCUAUUUCAAGGCCACUGUAGAAUUAACAUUAUUGAUAGACAUUUAGUUGAAUUAGUUUUAUAGAGUUUUGGGAGAAAUCAUUUGAUGCUGAUUUGAAGGGAAUAGAAAUAAGUGCCUACUCGCUGGGAAGAAAAGGAAGGAGAAUAGGGUAAUGUUCAUUGGGGCACUUAACAGAAACCAUUUUAAAUGGACAAGUCCCUCCUGUUUCAGUCCUCUUGGUGCCUAUUUAACAAGACUCAGGAUCCUGAAAUGGGAAGGGGUAAUAGGGGGCAGUAGAUAAUUAAUUAUAUUGACAAGCAUGUUUAAUCACAAUGAAGACACUUAAGUCAGCAACACAACCACGUAAAUGUCUACAUAUCCAGGGCAAAACAGGGUCCGAUGCUGCCUUGACAUUGGCUAGCAGUGGAAUAAUAUGUAGUACCAGCAUUUGUCAGCAUUAGUCCCUUCCAGUGCAUGUAGGCCUACAGGCGAUAGGAUCGGUGGCACACCACACAGUCGAUCUGAGCUCAGUCCAUCUGAUCGCCACGUCAGUUGGCGCCUGUCUUUACACCCCUCAUCCUCGCGACCUUGGCCUCCUCAUCCAGCUCAUCCAUGAUCUUCUCCUGUUUCACUGAGUAAAACGUGUAGCCAU